AUGCCGUCGCAAUUUCCCACUCCCACGGCGACUCCUCGCUAUAGCUUCCUGGACGAUUACAGCGAAGGAGCUCACCCGGCACUGCUCAAGGCCAUCCUCGCCGGUAACACAUCUCAGGAAGCCGGCUACGGCGGCGACUCAUACUGCGACCUCGCCAGGCAACGGAUACGCCGGCACCUGGGGCGCAACGAUGUCGGAAUCUUCUUCGUCCCCAGCGGCACAUCAGCCAACGCAAUCUCCAUCGCGGCCUGUCUGAGACCCCACGAAGCUGCCAUUGCCGCGAGCUCGGGACACAUUGUGACGAGGGAGACGGGCGCCGUGGAGGCCAGCGGCCACAAGAUUAUCAACGUCGCGCCGGUCAAUGGCAAGUUGACGCCCCAGAGCAUCCAGCGGGCCGUCGAUGAGAAUUGGCAUUUCCCGCACAUGGCGAAGCCGAGGUUGGUCUACAUCUCUAACGCGACGGAGAUUGGGACGAUUUACAAGAGAGACGAGCUGGCUGCGAUCAAGCAGGUUUGUGAGCAAAACCAGCUCAUACUUUUCCUCGAUGGCGCGCGCAUCGGGACAGCGUUGGCGUCAACGUCGAACGAUAUGACGCUCCGCGACAUUCUGGAGUUGACAGACAUUUUCUGGAUCGGGGGCACAAAGAACGGGGCAUUGCUGGGAGAAGCCGUGGUCGUCAAAGACGCGCGUCUGGCGACCGAGUUUGAAUUUUAUGUCAAGCAGCACGGCUCCCUGCUAGCAAAGAGUCGGAUCAUGGGCACGCAGUUUGCUGAGCUGUUUCGGGAAGAUCUCUACUUUGAUCUCGCUCGUUUGGCCAACUUUUGUGCCGAGACGCUGUCCAGCGGUAUCGCUGCGGCCGGGUUUUCGGUUCACGCCGUAACCGAGACGAAUCAGGUCUUUGCGGUGCUUCCCAUGAGCUUGAUCCAGGUUCUACAGGAGCACUUCAUCUUCUAUGUAUGGGAGAAGCGAGGCGAUGAUGAGGCUGUGGUGAGACUGCUCACGACUUGGGCAACAGAAGCGACAGAGGUUGAAAAGUUUGUUGGUCUCGUCCAGGGCUGGUCCGCUGGAACGACUGAAAGUCGAAAUUAA